UCGGAAGGUGGUUUAUUUGUGAUUGAUCAUUCUCACUAAAAGCUGCAGUCAGUAGCGAAAAAAAAUUGAAGAAACCUUACAGUAUUUCAGAAACCUCGCCCAUUUUAUGUAUAAAUCGGCCUAAAAUAGCAAUGGAGAAUAUUAUUAGCUCAAGUGAAGUAGCGGGUGUUGACUUGCAGCCAGCAAACGCGUCCAACGAGCCGGACUCGAAGUGUAGAAGUUCAUCGAAAAGACGCUCAAAAACCCGCUCAAAAGUCUGGGAAAAAGUUGCUUGGUUUACUAGAAAGGCAAAAAGUAACAGGGAAAAUAAAGCUGAAAGCCUCGAAGAAGCAGGAAAAGGAGUUAAAAGUCCAUCGCUGAGUGUACUACGAAGUGAAGAACAAGAGGUUCCUGUGUUGAAUUCCGCUGGAAUUAAACUGAACUCUUUUUACAAAACAAAAACAAAAUCGGGGAUAAGAAAGACAAGGAGCUUUAACUAUUUGAAAAGAAAGAAGUUAAAACAUUUUGCCAGUGAUGCAAAUUCGAGUUUACAGGAAGAUAAUAAUAAGGAAAACGCAGACCCAACUUCGACGAGUUGUCAAACAGCAACAGGGAAUUUUCACGACUUUGCUGGAUUUGGUCGAAAAUGCUCUAAUACUACUGCUAGUUCUACUCUAUUGGUAAGUGAAAUGGCAAAACAAAUGAGCUUAAAACAAGAGGAACAGUUAAAAGGAAGUGUCAGAAGUUCAUUGUCUUUGCCAUUGAGUUUGUUGUCUUUGAAUGAAAGACCUGUUCCUGACGUCUGUAGCCCAAGCUGUCAAGGCCUUCUUUGUGGCUGUAAGCCGAAAAAUAAGAGUUUCUCAGGCCCGAGCUACAAUAGUUGGCCCCGCAAGAAGCGCUUAUUAGCUGCGAAUCAUUCCUACGAGGCUUUUUCCCCSCCUCAGAAGCAGAAAAGAAUUUGUGGUCUUAGAAAAACCGCUACUUUUAGUGGAUUCGACUCCUCAAAGUUGUGCCUCAAAGAGUUUAAAUCAGAUGGGAGUGAACUCAGAAUGGGCAAAAGUACACCACUACUAUCUGGAACCAACCAAAUAAAAAACCAGAACGGAUUAACAAUAGGGGUUAUUCACUUCUUUAAGAGUUCAGGAAAUAAUUAUUCUAUAGUUGGUAAAGAUGGAUGUAUUCCGAGGGCAAUAUUGCCAAAUGAUGUGAAAGAUUUGGAUGUGUGUAGUAAGUGUUCAAUAAAGCAAACAAGAGAUGAUAAUACUGACAUAGACGUUGUUGGAAAUAUUGGAAUUUCAGAUACUUUACAUUCAAAUUUAUGUCUGGAUGCUAAAAUGUGUGAUGACACUGAAGGGUUAUCCUUGACGUUGCAAUCCGAUUUGCUGGAUAAUGAAUUUUUUGCUGAAAAAGAACAAUGCAGUGAGGAAAACAGAAACAAUACAGAGAACAUUUCAAAGGAUUUAGAUGAGAGUGCCAAUAAUUGUGCUAUUGUGUCAAUGAAAGAAUGUUUUAUGGUUAAAGACCCCUUUAAUGAGGUCACUAGUCCGUCUUCACAACAUCUCAUCACAGCAUCACAACAUCAAGAAAACAUUAGUCAACCAGACACACUGAAAAAAGACAUUCAUCAGUUAUCUGAAUCUAUGCUUUCAUCAUCAGAUAAUGGACAAGUAAUUUUGGAAAGCCAAGAGAUAAUUAGUAGCUCAGAUGCAAGUGCUUUGGACUCAGUACAUUUGAAUUCGUUGAAUGAAAUAUGUGCGACUGACAAAAGAACAGCUUAUGCAAAGCUAGAUAUCAUUAGAGAAAUACCAGAUAGUCUUGCUAAAGGGAAUACUAAAAAUAUUGAAUCACCCAAGGAAUAUGAUGAACAUAGUAUGGCACAGACGAAGGAAAGUCCAGAAAGCAGUCAAGCAUCAGAAACUAGAAUCUACUGUAUAAAAAUAGAGGAUCAAGUCACUGAUUUUUCUAAGGAAGGCAGAAUCAAUUUCCAAGCUGAAACCAAACUUCAAUCUCCAAGUACUUUGUCAGAUCUGAUUAUUGAGGAGUUAAAAGAUAGUAUUUAUGUCAAGGAAAAUCCACUUUCCCAAAGUGAAGAUAAUUCAAACACAUCAGAGAUAUUGUGUACGAUGACAAAUGAUUCAGCACCUGAAUCAGAAGAAAAAGAUGAAACAUCCGCUGCAGAGAAGAAUACGAUUGGUGAUCCUUCACUACCAUCAAACAUGGCAACAUCAGACGAAGGGAAAUCAAUAUCAAAAGAUGAAAAUAUUCUACCAAAAAUUAAAAGUGUUAAUUCAAAUUUCUCCUCUAGAGUACCUCUAAAGUCUUCAGGUGGAAACAAAAUACCAGAAAAUAAAAGUAAAAACAUUCUAGGAAGCAGUUUACAGCAGACAAGACGAAUAGUGCUUAAACAAGGCAAGCCAAAAGUUGAUGGGCCACAUUUUAAGYAUCAAACAGAAACUAUUUUGAACUGGUUUUCAGAAUUCAAUGAUGAACAGAAAAAUAUACUAAUCAAGAAACUUUUGGAGCAGUGUGAAUUACCUCAAAUGCACCUUCUUUCUGUCAUUAUGGAGCCAGUCCUUCACAAGACCUGUCCGUCGAAUUGUCAAGACAUGUUGGAAUGGUUACCACAUACAGUGACCAAUGCUGUUAUGUCAUACUUAGAUCCAGAAAGCCUUUGUAGAUGUAGUCAAGUCAACAGAUUCUGGAACAGCUUGGCAAGCAAUCCAUUGAUCUGGAAAGAAUUGUGCAAGAGCAAUGAAUGGCAGUUAUCCCGAAAAACUGAAGAAAAACAGAUGAUAUUGCCUUGCGGCACUGUCCAGUGGAAGAAGAUGUUUGCCGAAAGAUACCUCCUCAGAAAGAACUGGUUGAAUGGAAGAUGUAAAGUUAGAACAUUUGAAGGACACACACAAGGCAUAUCUUGUGUGCAAUUUGACGACACUCGUAUUGUAAGUGGCUCAACUGAUAAGACAAUCAAGGUCUGGGACCUUAGUCGUGAUGAUAGCCAUGCUGUCCUGACACUAGCUGGACACUCAGGGACUGUACGCUGCUUGAAUCUGAAUGGUAAUAGACUUGUCAGUGGGUCUGUUGACAGAUCCAUUAAGGUAUGGGACUUGUCAUUUGAGUCUUACUGGAGUGGAGCAUCUUGUAAAGUGACUAUGGUUGGUCACAUGCAUACAGUCAGGUGUUUACAGGUUGAUGAUGAAAAGGUUGUAAGUGGUUCAUAUGACAAGACUCUGAAAGUCUGGGACCUCAAGACAGGACAGUGUGAAUUAACUCUAAGAGGGCAUAAUGCAGCAGUCCUCUGUGUUCAGUUUGACGACAAUAAAAUUGUAUCAGGUUCUUAUGACAACACUAUAAAGGUUUGGAGUCUUGAUGAAGGUGAAUGUUUAAUGACCCUAGCAGGUCAUCAUGAUGCUGUUACCUGUCUUAACCUGACCCAAGAUGGCAGGAAGGUCAUAAGUGGAUCUCUGGAUCAUAACUUGAAGUUCUGGGACUUGGCAACUGGAAAGUGUAUUGGUACUCUGGACUGGAUAAGAUCAGAAGGACACACUGGUGUCAUCAGGUGCUUACAGUCAGACAGCUGGAGAAUUGUUAGUGCUGGUGAUGACAAGACCCUAAAGAUGUGGAGUUUAGAGACUGGUCAGAGACUUCUCACCCUUCGCUGUCACACUGAUGGUGUCACAUGUCUACAGUUCAAUGACUACAGAAUCGUCUCAGGUUCUUACGACAAGACCGUUAAAGUAUGGAAUUUCUCACCUGAGCAUGCGUUUUUGAAUUCAUCGUGAUAGUGCUUGAUAAGCGUAAGUUUGUGAGAACUAUGUGAGGACAUGAUAAUGACAAAUAUCCAAUAUAGGUAAACCAUGUAGUGACAUAGGUCGACUUGGGAGGAUUUACAUGGUAAUAUAUUCAAAUGGGAUUGAUGUUUUCAUAUUUUAUUAAGAGUUACCCAGAAUUCAGGUUAGUUAUCAAUUCAUUAGCUGCCAUUAAUUUUGUAAUAGAGGUUAUCUACAUAUUUUUGGAAUUCCAUAGCAUUGCUAAGCAAAAAAAAUAAUAAUAAUUUAUUAAAAACUACAUGAAGCUGUGCCGAGGUGGUCCUCUAGAAUUCUGAAAAUUUUCUGGUAACUCUCAAACACGGCCCAUUUUGAGGAAAAGAAAGACAAAAACUAGUGAAUAAAAUUGGAACUUAAAUGCUGUKUGUCUUCAACCCAUCCRUGCAGUCCCAACUAGUAACCACUAGUUAUUAUCAAAGACAAAAAUUAGUUUGUCGAAAGGGUAGAAUAACUACUGCUAAUGGUAAUAAAAAAAUAUUUUUUCAUUUAUCAUUGUUAAAGUACUCUGGUAUAGUUUAGUAUAAAAAUGAAAAUAAAAUGAAAUAAAAUAAAAUAUCAGUAAUGUUAAAAGUGAGAACCAGUCAAUAAAUGGUGAAAAUAAAAGUUGAAAUGAGUUUACAAUC